AUGGAUGAUGUCGCUGGCAAAGCCCGGAUUCAUCAACAACCUUUGCCGGCCAACGCACGCCGGAUCCCGAUACCGGCGGCGGCCGUGGGACAAUGGCUCGCCGACAUCGACGACAUCGCUGAACUCAAGGUGACGUUGCGGGCAUUGGCCCUGUUGGCAGACGAACCACGGAGGCGGUCAGUACCACCUUCGAUAGGAUUGGACGAUCUGCUGGACGACCGGUUCCUGGCUCCCGUAUCGCCGCGAAUUGCAGAUGGUUCCGUCCGAAUGGGCCUGGCGGCCGCGGUUCUUCGCGGCACGUUGGCCGCGGUUCGAGACACCGGAACCAUACGCGUGCUGCUGAACGACGAGGACUGCCGGCGAUACCUCCAAACUGCCGGCGUAACGGUUUUGAACGCCGCCGACCUGGCGGAGCAGGCAGGAGGCGAGGCUCCGCAAGCGCCUCCCAUGCAGCCGCAAACCCGCGAAGCGCGUGCUAACAUAUUCGCGUUAUACGAGGAGCAUAUCGGCACCUACGGUCACACCGUCGCGGAGCAGUUGAGGGCGGCGGAAGAGGAGUACCCGGCGGCAUGGAUUGCGGAUGCCAUAGCCGUGGCAGCGGAGCGGAACACCCGCAGUUGGAACUACAUCCAAGCCGUCUUGCAGAAAUCAGCCAUGAGCAUGGAGAGCCUGGGAACGAUACUGCGGCGGAUCGCCGCACGGGAUACCUGGAAAGCUAUCGGCGACGAUAUGGCCGACUACCCUGGGAACCCGGAGAGCCGGAACACGACCAAUGAUUGCCAAGCGUGCGGAGGCGCGGGCUGGGUUACGCGGAGGGUCCGCGUUGCCAGCCCGGAUUUUGGCAAGGUGUUCCCGUGCGAGUGCCAGGCGCAGGACGUCGAUAGGGGCCAACGGGUGGAGGCGCUGGAGCGGUACAGCAAUCUGGGUUCGCUCCGCCAGGCCACGUUUGAUAACGCCAAUCCGGACGGCCUGAGCCAGGAACCCGCCGCCCAGCAAUCUUUUCGCGACGCUCGGACGGCGACCGUGGCCUAUGCCGAGAAUCCCGAGGGUUGGCUCACCCUGGCGGGACCCAGCGGAAGCGGCAAAACCUACCUCGCCGCGGCCGUCGCCAACCGCCGUAUCGAAACGGGCAGUCCGGCUCUGUUCACCACGGCGGCAGAUCUCCUCGACUACCUGCGCGGCGGUUUCGAUGACGAUGCCGACCAACCUUUCGUUGACCUUUUCGAUCAGGUCCGCAACGCCCCACUAUUGAUUUUGGACGACCUGCCGACCCGCCCGGCAACCCCGUGGACGCAGGAGCGUCUGUUCCAACUGCUGGCGUCGCGGCACGCGGCGCGCCUGCCCACGGUGGUCACCCUGCGCGGCGACCCGAACCGGCUGGACGAUUUCCUGCGCACACGAGUGGAGUCGCCGGACGGGUUCGGACGUCUCUACCGGCUGGGCAGGGUCGGGGGUUCAACGGCCCGAUCGAUUGGAGCAAUACCGUCCAACAUGCGGGCACGGAUGACGUUCGCCGGGUUCGAUCCGUCCGGCAACGGCCGCUUGACCGAUUACCAGCAGCGAAGCCUGCGGGCGGCCAAGUCCUACUUGCAGCGUUGGGCAAAUAGUCCCAACGGUUGGUUGAGCCUGCAUGGGCCCUACGGCGUCGGCAAAACGCACCUGGCGGUCGCGGCGGCAGGUGAGCGGGAAAAUCGGGGCGACGAGGUCUUCUUUGCCACGGUGGCCGACCUUCUCGAUUACCUGCGGGCCACGUUCGCGCCGGACAGCGCGGUCAACCACGACGACCUCCUGGACCGGAUUCGCAAUGCCGACGUGCUGGUGCUGGAUGACAUGGGAGCCGAGCGGAGCACACCCUUCGCGGAGGACAAGCUGUUCCAGAUCGUCGGAUACCGCUACGAGGAACGCCUGCCGACCAUCAUCACCACUUUCGCCGACUGGAACGACGCCCAGGAGUAUUACUUCGCCAACGGACUCACCGAUGGGCUGCCUAUUGUUCCCCCGACCCCCGAACGGGUGCAGGCCAUGCUGGAUUACGCCGGCGUGGACGCCGACCACCAUCUG